UUUACAUUAUUUACAAUAUGGCGGCCUCCGUGGAGUACUUCCCACGUGGCGAGGAAGGCGAUGAUGAGCUCAUACUUGCUAACUUCAGCCAUGGAAGACUGAAUGUAAAUGAUGACGGCGCCUGUUUGCAACCUCCAAGUUUCUCUUACUUUAAACACAGAGACCAAGCAGACAAGAGAAGGAAAAACCAAAGAAUACUGGUUGCAGAGUCAAACUCUAUGCAGUACAUCGGACAGAACUUUGGUAUUCAUGCACCAAGGCUCAGCUCACAUUGCAAAUAUUUAGUGGGUGUCUUGGACAAGGAGAGCGGUAAAAUGAAAGUUUAUGACGCAAAAUCUCAUCAGCUGAGACCGUGGUUUGGAGACAGUAGUAAAGCAAGUGAAUGUAUCACUGAGGGAGGAGAACAAGAGAAAUUGACCUACUCAGAAAAGAAUGAUCGCUUAACUGAAGCAUUUGGGAGCUCCAGGAAACAGAGGGCGUUGGAAUCGCGAUUACGUAGUGCAGUUACUCCAAAGGCUCUGGAAACUCUCGCUAACAAAGCGAUCGAGCAUGCUCAGACACAACCACAGAGCGCUUAUCCAUCCGAUGACGAGGCAGACAGUGGGGGCAUCCUCCCACCUUGCAACCAAAAAGCAGAGUUUCUUCGAGAUGUGUACAAUCUGGAUGAUAUUAUUGCCCCGUUGUGGAUGGAGGAAGUGCUGAAACUUCCUUUGACCAGUGAGUUUAUUGAUGCUACUGAUGAACAGAUUACAGAAUGGCAGACUGAGGAGAAAUACUGUGAGUAUAUUUUGGAUCGUCUUUCAAGAUUUCCACGUUCAGCAGCAGAGGAAAGACAAGAAGCAGCGUGCAUCUUGGCAUAUAUUCACUACCUGCGUAAAAUAUCCGCCUUGGGCUACCAAGACAUGAAAACCAAACAAGUGAUUAUUGACAAGGAUUUGCCAAAAUCCUUCAACGAUCAUCUUGUAAAUAUGUUUACAAAGACAUCAGCAUCAGUGGACGGAGUCAGAUCACGGAGAUUAUUUCCAAAGCAGCUAAAAGAGAAGUCUCUGAUACAGAUGCUGACACUUGCACUGAUAGUUGAUGAAUUCAAGACUGAUUUGAGCCUACUACAAAAGGGUCUUACUGCACACCUAACUAUGUUGAGGAACCAUGCCAAAGCUUUGGGAUGUAGAGUCAAAGAAAGUAAAUCAGCGACCCGGAAAAAGUCAAUCCUCGAAAAACAGAGUAUGCUGAAUUGUGUCACGGCCGAGCUACAACUUCCAAGAAAAUACAAAAAACGUCCAUCAAAACGGCCAAGUUCAAAUUGAUAAUAAAGACGUGAUAUUUCAUGUGUUCACAAAAAGUGGGCGCAGCAUUUGUAACAUUUGACCAGAUUUUUGCAUAACUUUCAAAGUGGAAAUCUUCCCUUUAAAUUCUUUUGCCUAGUUUUGGUAAACUAGUAAAGCGAUUAGUCAUUUGUUAUCUUUAAGGAAGGGUAAACUUUUGGUAAUUACGUAAAAAAAUUAAGGUGCAUAAAAACGUAUUUGGUAUAAUGCACUGCUUGUAUUAUAAAACAUUGUUAGAAACACCACCCUUUAAAGUAAUAUAGUUUUUGAGAAAGAGGUAAUUUCUCA